CUUUAAGUCAGUAAAUUCAUAUUAUUUGUAAUAAUACCGCUACUUUGGAUUAUCUAUUUUGUUUUCGCUACAUUGAGUGUUUAUUCAAACAAUCUUUUUAAAGUCGCAAAUGCAGGAACAGUCAAAACGUCAAAAGUUUUUGAGUAUGGUGGAGAAAAUGCAUGCGGAACCUAACGAACUAGAGGAACUUACAGAACAUGAGAAGUUUGCUUUAUUUUCUGCCAUUAAAAGCGAACAAAUCAAGAGAUAUAACAAGUGGGUUGCGGAUGAAGAACAGUUUUCGAAAAACAAUGGUUUAAACAAAGAAAAUACUGAUGAUGGUAAAUCAAAUAAUAAUCAUUCCAAAAAACGUGUCAACUAUUUAUGUGGACCUGACGGUAAAUUAAUUGUUACUACUGCUUUAGCACCAGACUAUGAUCGAACAAAUCACUCCGAUGGCUACGGUUCAUCGGGGACUACAUCAAAUGAUUCAUUUAAAUCAAUUGUUCUUAUUAGAGAGUUUGAAUCAUCAUCAAACUCUUCAGAACUGAAUGAUAUGGAUUCGACGAUGACCACCAAUAGCACAACAUCAACGAGAACGACAAUAACAACGACAACAUCAACAGCGAUAACAACACCAACAACAAUCAAGUCAAUUUUUACAACAAAUGUAACAUUUUCAACUACGACAUUGACUGAUACUUUAAAUAGCAGUUCUGUCGCAAAUGGUGCGACUAAUGUAUCAUAUUCAACAGAUAAUGCAAGUAUGGCAUAUAGAAAUGAUAAACAGCGUCAUGAAAAUAGUGUACGUCUAAUUCAACCAAAUUUAAUUCAAGGAUCAUUUGAUUCAUCCGUUUCAGAACAUGAUUCUACAUCAUACACUUAUGAUUCAUCAUCUUAUUCUUUUUCUUCAACUACGGCACCAACAAAUUCAUCUAUAAACACAACUAGUAGAACAAUUGAUUCUAGUAUUUCAGAUGUGUUAAGUGUUGCUAAUAAUAACUCUAAAUCUUCAUUAAAUAACAAUUGUCGAAACAGUAGUAAUAAUAGUAAUAAUAAUAAUAAUAAUAAUAAUAAUAAUAAUAAUAAUAAUAAUGAUCAUGUCUUUAUUUUAUCUCCAACACCUUUCAAUCGAAAAUUAAACUUAAAUCAACAGACGAAUAAUCAUUUUGUCCCAUCCUUAUCUAAUACUACAAACUACAAUGAUAAUACUACAAGUUGUAAUGUUCCUACCAUGAAUGAACAUUGUAAAAAUUGUCACAAUAUCAUUGAUAAUAAUAAUAUUAACAGUAAUAAUACUAAUAAUAAUAAAAUUAAUAAUGAUCAUAACGAUAAGAAUAUUCCAAGUCAAACAAAUGGACAAUAUAUUUCUAUUAUCAAACCUUUUAUACAAGAUAAUGAAAAUAAUCAGAAUUCUUUUAAUGGAAUAAAUAAUAAUAUCGCUCCAUUAAUAACAAAUGAAACAGUUGCAACCAUGACAAAAAAUGCUACACAAUCAAAUCAUUUUUAUUCACCAGAAAUUGAAACUACUCUUAAUUUAUAUUCUCAUUCUAACGAUUUUUAUAAUAAUAAUAAUGAUAGUGCCAGAAUUGAUAUACAAAGAAAAGGUGGAGGAAAUGGAGUACAAAUGAAUAGUCAAGAGAAAAUCACGGAGUUCAAGAAUAAUAAUAUUGAUACAAAUAACCAUAGAAAUAAUUACAAACAUCAAGAAUCUGAUAACGCUGACACUCUUAUUAUAUGUAUAUCCAACAAUAAUCGUAAUAAUACUUCUGUAGUUAUGACAACUACCGCACCUAAUGACAGUAAUGAUAACAAUAAUAAUAAUAGCUAUGUCGAUACUAGUAAUAUUAUAAUGAGAACAACUAAUCCUGAUUAUAACAGUAUCGAUGUUAGUAGCAGUAUUAACAGUAGUACUAGUAGUAUUACUAGUAAUAAUCGAAAUUAUUAUUUACAUUUAGAUAGACAGUUAAACAAUAAUAAACAAAUUAAUAACAGUAGUAUGAAUCUUAAGAAUUCCUAUGAUACCAAGAAUGCAUUUGAUUUCACAAUGCAUAGUCGUCCUAAUAAUAAUAUUAAUAGUUCCAUUACUAUUCUCAACGACCCUUCUAAUACAACGAACCAAGGAAGUGAUGUAUCCAUUGAUGAUGCAAUGCCAUUGUCACCAAGAACAACAGCAACCACAAACAAAACAUUGAAACGUUUUGUAUUAACCAGAAGUCCAUUAAGUAGUCCUUCAGUAACAACACCAACCAGUAUAUCACCAGCACCAAUUCAUCAAAAUCAUCAUAUAAAUGAAAGAACCCCACCUAGUUCUGCCAUAGAGAAUACAAAUUUAUCCAUAACAAAAAGCCAUUUUAAUCGAAUCAAUUUAUUAAAUAAUCCCUAUAAUUUGUCACAUCAAAAUUAUGAUCAGAUCGACCCAUCAUUUUCAUCAUCAACAUCGGAAUUAGAUAAAAUAUCUUCAUCGAUUACAUUUUCGUCAAAUCCAUCUAAUCACACAAUGAUGACACGUUUUACAAAACAACCUGAACCACAACAAUUAAGACAAGAGAACAAACAACUAUCAUCAUUGAUAAAACAUCAACAACCACAACAAAGAAUAACACUGAAUAAUAAUAACUAUAAUAAUGAUAAUUUAUCAUCAGCACAACCGCUUUCAAAUCAUACUGAUAAUAUUCAGAGUUUGAAUUCAACAUUUAGUAGAAUUAGUUCACCUCCAUCAGUAUUUCCACGACCUGCGUUUUGGACACCGGAUGUUAAGUUAUCACGUAAAGUUAACAAUGUAAUUCAAGAGGAUCCUAAAACUAAAGUUUACAAAUGGUUUGAAAGCUAUGAAGCUGCACGUUUACUUGUGGAUUUUGGUUUACCAAUUACUGGUUUUAGUCCAAAUUUAUCGUCGUUGACAUUUUCACGUGUACCUGAAUGGUUCCACGGAUUUCUCUCUCGUGAACAAGCUGAACGUCUGCUCACUAAAACUGAUAAGAAUGGCAGUUUCCUUCUACAUUUAAAUGAAUCAUUUUUAGGUUAUGUUAUCAGUUUGUUUACAUCAUCCUAUUGCAAUCAUUUCCUUGUAUCGGUAAUUGCAGUGAAACAAACCAAUUCUGGUUCACGUAAUACAACUAAGAGUACUUAUCAAUUGUAUGGUGUUGCAAAUCCUGAACAAUUCACCGAUUUAAGAGAUCUUGUAAAAUUUUAUUCUGUGCAUAGUUUAGGACGAAAUAAUAAUCAACAAUUAUUACUUUAUCCUGUUGGACAAGAGAAUCCAACUCUACCUGAUUAUUUAGACAUAUUUUAUUCUAGACCUGAUUCAACUUCUUAUACAAGAUUAUAAUUAUUAGCAAAAUUUCAUAUUAUUAUAAUUAAUUGUUUAUUAUAGAGUAUAAUGAUCAUUAUUAUCACUAUUCUUAUUAUUAUUAGCAUUAUGAAUGUAUAUUUCUGAAUUGGGUUUAUUAAACCAUUGUAAUAUUAUGUAUUAUAGUAAACUUGAUCUGUUUUUGUUUUUUUAUCCCUGACUUAUUUAUUUUCUAUUUUAUCCUACUUGAAUUGAACUUAUUCAAUUAUCUUCAUGGCAAUGAAAAGAUUUCAUUAGCUAAUAAAUGAAUAGAAUAUUAAGAGAAUAAACAAAACUAUUGUGAAUAAUAUAAAAUCAUGAAAUCUCUUUAACCUUUUGAAUAAAAUCCCUCUUUUUUUUGAAAACAAACAAACAAACAAACAACAACAGAUGAAUAAUAGAUUUAUUUUCUAUUCUAUUCUAAUAAAGAAAAAGACGAAUACUAAUACUUAUUAUGAUUGAUAGUAGUACCCUUUUCUCCAAACUUAUUUUAAAGGUUUAACAAUUCUUUAUUUCUUUAUCAUUUUGAUUUACUUUGGAAAAGAGAAUCUCUACAUGAAAAGAUUCAAAAAUUCUUUAUCAAGAUAAACAGAAAACAUAUUCAUCAAGCUUUGUGAUUUGUACAUUUCUUUCCAUUUACUUAUAUAUAAUUCUACUUAUUUAUUCAUUUAUUGACAAACUAACAUGCCUAUAAAUAUAUAUAUAUGAAUGAAUAUGACAAAAAUGUAUAUAUAUCUAUAAAUAUGUAUUUACAUAUAUCAUACUUGUGUAUAAAUGCUUUAAAUGACUCUUAUUUCUUUUUCAACUUAUUCAAAGAACAUGUUUACGUAUUUCAAGAAGGUUUAUGAAGACUACUCUUGAAGAAUGAGAUAAAUGUACUAAUGGCUAUAAUGUGGUAAUGCUUUAAAUUAUAUCAAUGAAUUAAACAGAUUCAAACCCAAUAAGAAACAUUAGAUUCAUUGAGUUUUCACAUUCAGCUUGAUGAUGACAAUGAACAAGAAGGGAACCAAGAUGAGACAAGGCUUUCUGUUGAUUUAGAUCAAUUAACUAACAUCAAACGAUGUAUGCCAUAAUGUCAAACAAUUUUCAUGUACU